CGUGCGCGCAGGCACGCAUACGUAUGUAUAGUAAUCCCAGCGAGGAGGUGAGAGAGAGAGAGAGAGAGAGAUGAUGAUGAGCAGGAGGAGGAGGAUGGUGCUGAUGAUGGUGCUCUGGGUCUCAGCGUAAAUCCCGUGCAUUGCUUUCGGAACAAAGUGGAGCUGAAUGCUGGAAACACUGCAGCAAAAUGAGGACAGCGACGCGCCAUGGAGCAGCCGUGUUUCUGGCCAUCACCAUGUGCACCAGCUUGUUCUUGAUAUACAACGUCAACACCAACAACAGCAACAGCGACAGCAGGAGUUCUCCUGCCACGUCUACCCAGAAUCCACACAAAGCCCCUCCACUUCCACCCCUGCAGGGCUACAUCAGCAUUAUUGACCACAGUCCCCUGAAGAUGCAUUGCGGAAGUUGCUCAUUGGUCACUAGCUCAGGUCACCUGACAGCUGGAGGACGGGGUAAGGAGAUCGACAGGAGUGAGUGUGUGAUCCGUAUGAACGACGCGCCAAGUGGCCGUGGGUUUGGUGCCGACGUGGGCCGACGCACUACCCUGAGGGUGAUUGCGCAUUCUAGCAUGCAGCGCGUUUUACGCAGUCGCCACGAGCUGCUCAACUCCAGCCAAGACACCGUGUUUAUCUUCUGGGGCCCAAGCAACUACAUGCGUAGGGAUGGGAAGGGCCUGAUCUACAACAACCUGCGCCUAAUGAAUCAGGUGCUGCCCAAGCUGAAGGUCUACAUCAUCUCCUGGCAGAAGAUGCUGCAGUUUGACGAGCUCUUUAAAAAAGAGACAGGCAAAGACAGGAGGACAUCCAACUCCUGGUUAAGUACGGGUUGGUUCACAAUGACGAUAGCCCUAGAACUGUGCGACCGAAUCAACGUUUACGGCAUGGUGCCUCCAGAUUUCUGCAAGGAAGCUCAGCGCCCGUCCGUCCCGUACCAUUAUUAUGAGCCCCUGGGGCCAGACGAAUGUGCCAUGUACAUCUCCCACGAGCGCGGACGCCGAGGCAGCCAUCACCGCUUCAUCACGGAGAAACGCGUCUUUGCUAACUGGGCACGGACGUUUGAUAUCCAUUUCUACCUGCCCAACUGGAGCCCAGCACCUUUACCCAAAAACAGUACGGCGACCAAAGUACUGCCUCAGUCACGGAGGACGUGACUCCAAACCUUGUGUAUCUGCAAUAGAACUAUAGUGUCCACAGGCUAAUACAUACAAAGAGCUGUCUUGCUUUUUUUUUACUGGAGCUAAACAGUAAUCCAGUCUGUGUUUGUACUAUUGGUGCAUGGACAUUUCAAAACCACAAAGCAGAAAUGACUCUCACUUACGAAACUUUUUCAGAUACCUGUUACUGACGGAGUUCCUCAGGGCUCCGUGUCGGGACCGCUUUAUUUGGAAGCAUGUGUUAUAUCGAGAUAAAUCAUGUCUAAAUAUUAGUGUUAAAGUCUGAAAUAAAUCUUGGAUGACACUGAAAUGAUCUUUAAACAUCCAUUGUUAUCGAAAAGAGGCAUGAAUGUCAUUUUUAUACAUCUUCAUCAGUACAAAAAAAGGUUUAAGGAAGUAGAGGAUUAUUUCAGAUGACUUUUUUUGGGUCUUAAAUUUGAUGUUUUUUUUUUUUUGCUUAGCAGAAUUCUCAGGAUCUGUUGUUUUUUCUAAAACAAACUGUAUCGCAUAUAAUCAAAGCAUACGAACACAAGGUAACAAGAAUAUAUGUAUGUUAUUUAUAAUUCGAUUAAACAGUACAAACAAUAUAGGCUGUAGUCAUCUUAAUUAUGGCUUUGGUGGUGUUACUGGGUUCCGGUUAACAAGAGCAAAUUGCUUUAGCUUUAAUCUCCUACAAGAUGACGGGCUGUCCUGAUGGUAUCUCGACUAGACACAAUCUGUCUGAUCAUUUCCAAUAAUCUGUACAAUAACCGGUAAGCAGACUGUUGCCUUGGUACCAAGAUUAUUGCAAAUAAUAAUAAUU